UAUAAUAUUGGUGAAUGUCCGAUCAGAGAUAUUGUGUUAUCCUGUGUUACAUUUGUUUAUAUCUCGCAUAAAUCAUGGCAGAAAAGAAGCAGAACGGGACAAGUUACCAAAGCAUACCAAGAUUUUCAAAGUUGCAUCCUGUAAUUCCAAGAAGAUACGUACCAGAGUGGAAGAAUGAUAUGAAGAACAGAGAGUUACUUGUUAAGAACUGUGAAAUGAGUGGCAUCAUUCCAAAAGGACCUCAUGACGAGAGUCUCUUCCUGGACAAGCGAGAACGCAUGAACGAAGUAGAACCAAGAGUAAGGGUGGAGGCAAAACAUCCAAACUUUGAACGCUACGACGGUCUUAGGCCAGAGUUUCAUACCGCUCAGUCCAAGUACCAGAGCAGUCUCAUGUUCCGCAAGGACAACACAGUGGGACAGGACUUUCAAUGAUAAACAUUUUUAACCUUGGAAGGACAUUUGCACAAUGUAUAGCAACUUUAACUAUCAUCACAAGGAGGCUCCAUUUGGACACGCUUGCUUUAGUUUGGUCAUUUUUCCAUAUAAAUUUGUAGUUAUGACAUAGAAUGGCCAGUAGUCCAUGUAUAUAUUUUGUAAGAACCUUAAGAAUCUAUAGUGAAUAUGAUAAAGAUCGUCAUCUUUAUAAAGUUUUAGCAUACAUGUACUUGAAUUAAGCCUUAACUUCUAUGUACAUACACCUUUACGAUGUUGUUGUUGGGGUUUUUUUUUUGUCCUGGUAAAAACAAUAUUUAUGAUAUUAUGCAACUCUUUCUUUUUGUCUAAUUACACAUUGAAGUGGACAAUGAAAGCCAUGUCUUGUAGCAUUUAAAUGUCAUUGAAACACAAAAGAGAUGAUUUUAAUGAAUUAUUCCUACCCAACACGCACCAAAUCAUUGAAGUACACAAAUGAUGGUGGCAAUUGUAGACUGGUCCUACAAUUAACCCACGUUUCUUUCUUGAGGAAGACAAAAUAUCUUGCCUUUACUGUACAUGUAUAUAUAUAGAGAGAGAGAGAGGUGACCGCUAAGACAGGUUUGACUGUAUCUCUAUAUUUCUUGCUCUUAUGGGGACUUUAUAGCUAAAAUCCGUUAUGAACAGUUUCUGUGAGGAAGUAAACUCAAAUAAAUAGAGAGGGUACAUGCA